AUCUGCUGAUAGCCACCAAAUAUCCUUCCGUAUGCUAUGUUCCACGUAUUUUAUCCAUCCACAAGUUCAAACCCAAUAACGAACAUUCGGUCAUAUAUAUUAUUAGUUGUAUCCACAUUACAAUAACUAAAGUGAAAAAAUGGAAGUAAAAGGCAUAACUAUAGCAAUUUAUUUAGCAUGUGUUUUGGUGGUGAAGUUGUUAUGGAGUAUAUUCAAGUGGUUAUGGUUGAACCCAAAGAGAUUAGAGAGGUGUCUUAGACAACAAGGUUUUCAAGGUAACCCUUACAGGCUACUCUAUGGAGAUACCAAAGAUAGAGAACGGAUGUUGCUUGAGGCCCGAUCUAAGCCUUUGCCAUUUUUAUCAAAUCAUCAUCUCUCUCGUGUUCUGCCUUUCUUUCAUCACACUCUCAACAAAUACGGUAAAAAAAGCUUCGUAUGGAACGGUCCGGUGCCAUUGGUGACGAUUGCGGAACCAGAGUUGAUAAGAAACGUGUUUAUGAAAAUAAACGAAUUUCAGAAGCCACAGUCAAACCCCUACUUUAAACAGGUAGCCACUGGUUUGGUUCAAGUAGAAGGCCAUCAUUGGGCCAAACGUAGAAAGCUCCUCAACCCAGCAUUCCACAUGGACAAGCUUAAGCUAAUGCAUCAUGCAUUUUGGGCAAGCUCUUCUGCUAUGAUCAAAGAAUGGGAAAAAAAGACGUCAAAAACGGGUUCUUGUGAGAUAGAAGUGUGGUCGUAUUUGCAAAAUCUAUCAGCAGAUGUAAUUUCUAGAGCCGCAUUUGGAAGCAGUUAUGAAGAAGGGAAAAGAAUAUUCGAGCUUAUAACUGAGCAAAUCAUGGUUGCCAUGCCACUCAUAAAUUCGGUUUAUAUUCCUGGAUGGAGGUUUGUCCCAACUAGGGAAAAUAAGAGGAUGACAAAGAUUGAUAAAGAAAUACGCAAUCUAUUAAAAGAUAUUAUCCAGAAGAGGAAGAAAGCAAUAAAGGAAGAGGAAAAGCUGAAGGAUGACUUAUUGGGUUUACUAUUGGAUUCAUGUUUGGAAGAGAUUGGACAUGAGAAUAAGAAGCAAAGUUAUACUAAGUUGAAUCUUGAAGAAGUUAUUGAUGAGUGCAAGAUAUUCUACUUAGCAGGGCAAGAAACUACGUCUACAUUGCUUGUAUGGACACUAAUUUUGUUGGCAAAGCAUCAAAAUUGGCAACAACGGGCACGAGAAGAGGUUUUAAACACGUUUGGAAAUGUAAUUCCAGAUUUUCAUCAACUAAAUCAUCUAAAAACGGUAAACAUGAUUCUACAAGAGGUUCUUAGACUAUAUCCCCCGGUGUCUGAAUUAAAUCGCACAGUUACUAAGGAUAUAAAAAUCGGAGAAGUGUUCUUGCCCAGCGGUGUGUUAGUGAAUCUUCCAAUACUCCUAGUCCAUCAAGAUGAAGAACUUUGGGGCAAUGAUGCUAAGGAAUUCAACCCAGAAAGGUUUAAUGAGGGAAUCAUUAAAGCAAGUAAAGGGAACAUGUCAUUUUUCUCAUUUGGAUGGGGACCAAGAAUAUGCAUUGGGUCCAAUUUUGCCAUGUAUGAAGCCAAAUUGGUGUUAGCUUUAAUUCUGCAACACUUUUCUUUUGAGCUUUCUCCCACGUAUGCGCAUGCACCUUCUGCCGUUGGAACUCUUCGACCUCAAUUUGGUGCCCCGAUUAACUUUCAUCUUCUAUAAUAGUACGUGUUGUAAGAAAUUUACCAAUACAAUUGUACUCCUCAUACAUAGUACUGCCUCCGUUCUUGAAUGUUAGUCCUCUUUCAAUGUUAAUGUUUUUCAAAUCUUUCCUUAUUUGUCCA